UGCGCGGGGGUGGCGACACACCUGGGGAAUUACAAGAACAAGCAACCGUGCCGUUGCGUUUUUAAUUGAAGCUGUCCCCACGAAGGUCAUGCAUUGAGUUGGAGCUGCGGAGCAAGGCGCAACAUGUACACGACGGAGCGCAGGCGGAUGAGCCUGCACGACAUGAGGAGGAAAGAUCCAGUCAGGGUGUCAGCUGGAAGUUUGUGGCAGGACGCUUUAGCCAUGGAGCUGAGCGCCUCGGGUAAACCGAUCGUCUCUCCACGGAGUCGCACCAGAGCUGUAUCCGUGGCGUAUAUUGUCAACGAGGACGCAUCGGUGCCGCAGACUGAGGGGAACUUAUCCCUGAAAUGUCUGAAGGAAGCCUGCGCGGACGCACACGCAGCUUUUAAAACUAUUUCAUUUGAGAGAAUAUCCCUGGGCACCACCGACAUCCUGGAUAGUUUCUACAAUGCAGAUGUAGCAGUGGUGGAGAUGAGUGACUCUUUUUGCCAGCCUUCCCUUUUCUAUCACCUGGGAGUGAGGGAAAGUUUCAGCAUGACCAAUAACAUAAUCCUCUACUGUUACAAGCAAGAUAGUGAUCUACAGGCUAUCAAGGAGCAGUGUGGCAGUUACACAUUCAUCCCUUACGUAGUGUCACCUCAGGGCAAAGUGUUUGCCUGUGACGCCACCAUGAUGACAGGUAUCAAAGAGUUGAUGCAGCCGAGUUUCCAGCUGGAGCCUCUGCUGACCCCGCUGGUGGAGAGACUGGUGCAUCUGCUGAACAAUGUGCACCUUCAGUCCAGUGAGUACUUCCGGGAGUCAAUCAGGCAUGAGAUCCGUAUGGCACGGGAGCGGUUCAGCGGCAAAGCUCUUAGUGAAGAGUUGAGUCGCAUCCAGAAACGCCUGGACAGUGUAGACCUUCUCACCCCUGAUAUCGUCAUGAACCUGCUGUUGUCCUACAGGGACGUUCAGGACUACGAUGCCAUAAUCAAGCUGGUGGAGACUCUGAACGAGCUGCCCAUGUGUAUGGUGGCUAAACACCAGAAUGUCAAGUUUAACUACAUAUUUGCUCUAAACAGGCGGAAUCAGCCUGGAGAUCGUGCAAAGGCUUUGGAGGUAAUUCUGCCUAUUGUGGAGCCAGGGGUCAAGGUGGCUUCAGAUGUCUACUGCCUGUGUGGACGGAUCUACAAAGACAUGUUCAUGAGCUCUGGGUUCACUGAUCACAGCAGCAGAGACCAGGCCUGCUAUUGGUAUGGGAGAGCUUUUGAGAUGGAGCCAACUCUUCACUCCGGCAUCAACAACGUGGUCCUCCUGAUGGCAGCCGGCCAUAAAUUUGACACUUCAAUUGAGCUGCGUAAAAUAGGUGUGACUCUCAGCACCCUGCUCGGUAGAAAGGGCAGCUUGGAGAAGAUGAAGGACUACUGGGAUGUCGGCUUCUACCUCGGAGCAAACAUCCUCGCUAACGAACACAGAAAAGUCAUCAUGGCCUCUGAUAAGCUCUACAGACUCAAAGCCCCUAUCUGGUAUGUGGCAUCCAUAAUGGAGACGUACAUCCUGUACCGUCAAUUUGCCAAGCUACCUGAGGUGAGAUCGCCUAAACAGGACAUUGUGGACUUCUGGAUGGAGCUGCUUCUGCAGACGUGUAAACCCACUGACUCUACAGGCCGCUGCCCGGUGCUCAUUCUGGAGCCCAGUAAAGUCCUCCAACCAGCUAUUGUGUGUGUGAGUGAAGAGGACGAAAGUCGCACUGUCCAGUUGAAACAUGUUACACCCUUAAAGAAAGGCUUACACCAGUGGACUUUCCCAGCCUCUGCAAUUCGGGGAGUGAGUGCGUCAAAGAUUGAUGAGCGGAGCUGCUUCCUGUAUGUCCACUACAACUCAGAUGACUUCCAGCUCUGCUUCCCCUCUGAGCUUCACUGUAAAGGUUUUUGCGAGCUGGUGAACUCUCUGCUGCAGCAGGCUGAACACCCUGCUCCUGACCUGAACCAUGUAGCUGAGGGAGUACUAGAGUAUGUCUACGAGACCAAUGAAAAUGGCGACAAGGUGGUUCUGGGUAAAGGAACGUACGGUGUCGUGUAUGCUGGGAGGGAUGUGAGCAACCAAGUUCGCAUUGCCAUCAAGGAAAUUCCUGAGAAGGACAGCACGUACUCCCAGCCCCUCCACGAAGAGAUAGCUCUGCACAAGAGGCUCAAACACAGAAAUAUUGUCCAGUACCUGGGCUCUGUCAGUCAGGAUGGUUUCAUCAAGAUCUUCAUGGAGGAAGUACCUGGAGGAAGUUUGUCAUCCCUCCUGCGCUCCAAAUGGGGUCCCCUGAAAGACAAUGAGCCCACCAUCAUCUUCUACACCAAACAGAUCCUGGAGGGGCUCAAAUACCUUCAUGACCAUCAGAUAGUCCACAGAGACAUUAAGGGGGACAAUGUAUUGAUCAACACCUAUAGUGGAGUCUUAAAGAUCUCUGACUUUGGAACCUCCAAACGGUUAGCAGGGAUCAACCCCUGCACUGAAACAUUUGCCGGAACUCUCCAGUACAUGGCUCCAGAGAUUAUAGACCAAGGGCCUCGGGGUUAUGGGAAGCCGGCUGAUAUCUGGUCCCUAGGGUGCACUAUUAUAGAAAUGGCAACAGGGAAAACACCCUUCCAUGAGCUUGGAAGUCCUCAGGCAGCCAUGUUCAAGGUGGGCAUGUUCAAGAUCCACCCCAAGGUCCCAGAGUGCAUGUCGGACAAGGCGAAGGGCUUCAUCAUGAACUGUUUUGUCCCUGAGCCUGACGACAGAGCCACAGCCGCAGAGCUGCUGAAGAACCCUUUCCUCAGGUCGUCCCCCAGGAAGAAGGCCAAGGCUCCGCCGGAAGUAGAAUCUAAAGACCUUUCUGCAGCCGACUACCAACGCAGCCUGUCUGUGCCGAUCUCCAUCCUCGUCGAGGACACUGAUUCGGACUCGGGUUCGAUCGACCUGUCCUGUUCCCUGGACCUGAGGAGGGUCCAGAGCAGCCUCAUAGAAGAUGAAAUCUCAGAGAGCCCAACCGGCACCAACAGCUUCCUGCCAGUACCAGAGGACUCUUCAGACAUGAGCAGUCCAGUCUCAACAGAGGAGAAUAUUGGUCUGUUUAUGCUGAGAAAGGACAGCGAAAGGAGAGCCACGCUGCACCGUGUCCUCACCGACUACAUCAGCAACGUCGUCUUUAAUAUACAGGAAUCUGUGCCUCAGCACGGAGAGGGAUCAUCGCUAACUGCAGAGCACAUCACUGAGCUCAUUAGCUGCCUGCGAGAAAACAUCCGCUCCCCAGACAAGAAGCAGCUGACCAGUAGCUUGCUGGAACUUCGAGCCAAGAUGGUUACUGCUGCAGUGUCAAUGAACAGCCUGCAGGCGGUGCUGUUUAGCUUCCAAGAUGCAGUGAAGAAGGUGUUGAGGCAACAACAAGUGAAACCUCACUGGAUGUUUGCUCUGGACAAUCUGCUGAGACAGGCAGUACAGGACGCCCUCACUGUGCUCCUACCAGAGCUGAAGCUCCAGCUGCAGUCCUCAUUUGAGAUUGAAGACAGCACUCCUGAGGAGCAAUGCGCCGACCCAGACACUCCUGUAGUUAUUGCCCCUAACCUAAUGUUGGCGCCAGCAGACACGCAGCAGACAACACCCACACAGGAGUUUCAGCCGACAGUGAGCCCCAACUCCCCUACAGACCUCGUCCUCAACAGCAGCUGUCCCCUCAGCGAGAAACUGAGAGACCUGCGACUGGAGACCAGCAGACUGUUGACUCUGCUGAAUGAGAAGGAGAGGGAGUACCAGGAGCUGCUGAGGAACUCUGUCCAGAAGAAGCAGGAAAUGAUAGAUGCACUACGGAAAGCUGCAGUAGCUGAAGAUGGUGGAUCGGCUUCACAGAAACACUCUAAUCCGGAAGUGAAGUCUUUGGUGCGCUGGCUCAAGUCUGUUCCUGUAGAUCAAGACACCAUCGAUAAGUUGCUCUAUCACGAGUUCACCUUGGACUGUCUCUUCUACAUGGCCUCCAGGGAUGACUUGAUGUACUGUGGAAUAAGAGGUGGCAUGCUGUGUCGAAUCUGGGCAGCCAUCGCAGCUCGCCGGAAGGCCCAGCUCAGCACACACAAUGAGGACAGCGAGGACACUCCUCUUUAAUGGCUGCUGAUGUUGUACAUCAAAGGACAGAUUUAUUGACAGGCUGGUCCUGUUUCAUCUGGAGGAAAUGAGGCAGUGGUGAACGUAUCUGUCUCUGAAGGGAACUGAUGCAAAGCAGGAUGGAUUUUGGUUACAUUGUUGAACUGUGAAUGUGUUUUCUUGAAAAGACACUGACCAGUUCUUCCAGUUUUAAUGCAUGUAAGGUAGAAUGCAUUAAGAUUCACUUAAAUAUUAGACUUUAUAAAGUUUCUCAGGGCUUUGACAAGUGGGGCUAUGCUUAUGAGUUCAUGCAAACUGCCUUGUAGAGCAAUGAUUUGCUUGCAGACAAACGUGUUAAAAGCUAUUUUAACGCUGUUUUACUGUGCUUUACAGAAAGACUUAGCAGGAUCUAAGUUAUUAAGCACAAACUGUAUUUAAGAUGAAUGCCUGUGCAUUUUGAGGGAAAACACAGAUUAUCUGUACUGUACAUCCUGUUAAAACUCAUUCAGAUAAUAAACAGUAACUUUAACUCUCUGA